AUGACACCUUCUGCAACUGACGCCGAGGGCGUUGACCAGACCGUCCUGACGCUUCGCAAGGUUCUGGUUUCUGAAACCGAGCCUCUCGCUCGUCGCUUCCGCGCUCUUUUCUCUUUGAAGUACCUGGCCUGCCUGCAGCCUCCCACCGAAAAUACACUCCCCGCCAUUCAAGCGAUCGCCGCCGCUUUCGCGUCUCCCUCGGCCCUUCUCAAGCACGAGCUUGCCUACUGCCUUGGCCAAACCAGAAACCGCGACUCUGUCUCGUACCUGCAGCACGUUGUGAAGGAUGUUGAGGAGGAUGCGAUGUGCCGUCACGAGGCCGCAGAGGCGCUAGGAGCCCUUGGAUACCCCGAGAGUUUGGACAUCUUGAAGAAGCUGCGCGAUGAUGCGAAUGAAUUGGAAAUUGUUCGCGAGACUUGCGACAUUGCGGUUGACCGCAUUCAGUGGGAGAACUCCGAGGAGAGGAAGGCUGAGAAGCUCAAGCCCAGUGAUUUCACCUCUAUCGACCCUGCCCCUCCCAUGCCCUUGGACGCCAAGGAGCCCUGCAUUCCCGAACUAGAGAAGACAUUACUUGACACAAAACUUCCUCUUUUCAAAAGAUACCGGGCCAUGUUUGGUCUCCGAGACCUUGCCUCGCCUCCAGAUCUUGCUACAGCAGUCGAUGCCGUGAACGCAUUGGCGAAGGGCCUCAAAGACCCAUCUGCCUUGUUCCGCCAUGAAGUCGCUUUCGUUUUCGGACAGCUCUGCCACCCUGCCUCUAUUCCCUGCCUUACAGAGUGUCUUGGAGACUUGAAAGAAGCUGGUAUGGUACGACACGAGGCUGCUGAAGCGCUUGGCAGCUUGGGUGACGAAGAGGGCGUGGAGGAUACACUCAAGAAGUUCCUUGAUGACCCCGAGCAGGUUGUGCGGGACAGUGUUAUCGUGGCACUUGACAUGGCCGAAUUCGAGAAGAGUGGCCAAGUUGAGUAUGCCUUGGUACCGGGUGGAAAUGCUACUACAGAGGUUUCUGGGCCUUGA